AUGGCAAAUGAUGAUAUCAACUAUGCAGAGUUUAAUGCACUUCCACUAGAUGAAGCACUUCAGGUUGCCCUUUCAGACACUGAUGGCUGUUUUGUAUGCUUUGGUGGAAAUACAAUGUUUAUAGGAGUAACAGAAAGUGGUUUCUUUGCUUUUGAUUCUCAUUCUAGAUGUUCAGAUGGAAUGUUAAGUGUGACAGGUAGGAGCACAAGAGUUUUAUUUCAGCAUGUAAAUGAAGUGUAUUCUCAUCUUCAAGGUCUUGCUUUUUCAAUGGGAUAUACAAGAAAUGUUGAAUGUAACUUGACUAGCGUCUCCUGCAAGAUGGGUGAUAUUGCGAAUGUCAGUGAUAUGUCUGAGGUAGAAGAAAAUAUUGAUGGAAAGUCUGAAGGGUCAAAGUUAUCUGGGGAUAUUACACAUGAAACAGGUGAUGCAGAUGAUGACUUGUUUUUCAUUGGUCAUGAGCAGUUCCAGUUCAGCUUCAUUCCCUUGAGUACAAACUUGAAAAAACACCUUUGUGAAAAUUUGAACAUUCCAUUCGUUAGCAUUGAAAAUUAUGGUGAUAUCAAGUUUUAUAGAACUAAUAUUUCAGAACCCUUAUCCGAAAAGAAAAUAACAGGAGAUGGGAACUGCUUCUUCAGAGCUGUUUCAUUCAGCCUUGCAAAUUCGGAAGAUUUCCAUUAUGUUAUACGCAAUGCUGUUUGUGAGCAUAUAAUAGAAAACAAAGAGAUAUUUCAACCAUUCCUAAGAGAUGGUGUACAGUCUGUCGAAAGUCACUUGUCUUUCACACGAAUGUCUCAGGACGGUUCUUGGGCUACUGAGGUUGAAAUAUAUGCAACAGCUCAUCUUCUAAACAUUGAUGUAUACACCUUCUCCAGAGAAAGUUGGUUAAGGUUUUCAGUUGCUGAAGUAGAACCUUGUGUGCAGAGCAAAACUGAAGCAAUUUAUUUGAUUCACCAAGAGCAGAACCAUUACAAUGUUGUACUGUCUGUUAAUGGAGAGGAAAUUGACUUAGCAUCAAGGCAAUUGUUUAAAAUUUCUCAAGAGUAUGAAAAGCGAUACCAAAAUCGAACACGAAUGCAGGUUAAAAGACAAUCUAGAACAAGGAAACGAGAAAAUUUUAGUGCAGUCAAGAAACGGAAUGAGUCUUUGAGACAAAGGUAUAGGGAAGAUGAGAAAUUUAGAGAUAAGAAGCUAAAAACAUCGUUUAUAAAUUAUGCAACAAAUGAUGAUCACAGGGAAAAUGUCAAGAAUAAAAGUAUUGACAAAUAUGCAAUAAAUGAAAAGCAUAGGGAGAAUAUCAAGAAGAGAAGCAUUAACAAGUAUGCAACACAUGAUGAACAUAGAGAAAAUGUCAAAAAGAGAAGUGUUGAAAAGUAUGCAACACAUGAUGAACAUAGAGAAAAUGUCAAAAAGAGAAGUGUUGACAAGUAUGCAACACAUGAUGAACAUAGAGAAAAUGUCAAAAAGAGAAGCACUGAUAAAUAUGCUAUAGACAAAGAGCAUAGGGAAGAUGUCAAAAGGAGAAGUGUGCAAAAGUAUGAAAUGGAUGAGGAACAUAGAGAAGAGGUAAAAGCUAAAAGUAAACUUAAGUACAAGACAGAUGAAUCGCACAGAAUUCUAGUCAAUACUGCGAGUAAAAAGAGAUACAGGGAAAAUGAAAGUUUCCGAGAAGCAAAGCUCAAAACUGCAGCUAACAAGUACAGAAGUGAUGAAUCUUUUAGGUCAGAAAUAAAAAGUUUGAGUAGACAUCAAUAUGUUUCAAAUGUAAAAACAAGAACGAAAAAGAAAGAGAUGGUAAAAAGUCAAAGAAGUGCUCAAAGAGCAAGAUUGCAAAACCAGGAAGAGGUCGUGAAAGUAUUUAAAGAAAAGGCUGUGCAAGGCAUCGAAUAUUCGUGCUGUUGUUGUGAUCGGCUCCUGUUUCAAAAUCAAGUUCAAAGAUGUGAACGAAAAGCAUAUGCUAAGACUGAGCAGACAGCACAUGUUGCAGACUUGUGUAUUCAAGAUAAGUACUGUCACAAAUGCAUAGAGUCAUGUCCUAAAGAUUGCAUUAAGUCAACGUUAUGGAUUUGUUAUACUUGUCACAGGAAAAUCUUGAGUGGUAAUCUUCCAGCAGAAGCUGCAGCUAACAAAAUGGCCUUGGAAGAUAUUCCAAAGGAAUUGACAGAAUUGAACAGUCUUGAGAAACACUUAAUUGCAAUACACAUACCUUUCAUGAAAGUCAUGAGUCUACCCCAUGGUGGUCAGAAAAAUAUCCACGGGCCAGUUGUAUGUGUACCAUCGGAUCUGAAGAAAGUUACAAGUUUACCGAUGAAACCCGGAGAAGAUCUUCUACUUAAAGUUAAAUUAAAGAGAAAGUUGAAUUAUAAAGGCUACAGCGAAUACCAGUUUGUUGAUCCGAAACACAUAUGUGAGGCAUUGAAGUUUUUAAAACUUAACAAUCAGUGGUAUGAAGAUGUAGCUGUUGAUACAAACUGGAAAGGACAAAUUGAAGAUGAAGAAAUAUCGGAUGUUGGCGAUUUACAAUCAGAGGAUGAUGAACAGCAGCGCAUGGUGUCAGAUACUUGUCUACAACCUGUUGAUAUUGGUCAGGAGGUUCUUGAUCAUUAUUUCGAUGAUAUUUAUGACAUUGCUCCAGGAGAAGGCAAUAAUCCAGUAAGGAUGUUACAAGAAGAAGGAAAUGAGGCAAAAACAUUUCCAUACCUUUUCCCAAGUGGGAGUUUUUCAUGGAAUGACAUCAGAGAAACACGAAUAACACUGUCAAGAUACUUCAACAAUCGUCUUAUGAAUACAGACGCGAGAUUUGCGAAAGACAGUAAUUACAUUUUCUUCAGUCAGUAUAUGUCCGAUUUAAACCAGGUUAUAGAGAAGACACAGAUAUCUAUUAGGAAAUCUGUCAGAAGAAUAGAAAAUGACCAAGAAGUGACAGCAAACAUGGUACAGGACCCUGUAGUACUUUCCAAGUUGAUGAAAAGUGACGAAGCUUUGCGAUUCAUGCAGCCUAUUCGUGGAACGCCAGCAUACUGGUCAGCUGCACAGAAGGAUUUGUUUGCUAUGCUUCGACAACUAGGGAUACCUACUUGGUUUUGUUCCUUCUCUGCAGCUGAACAUAGAUGGAAUGAUGCAGUCGCAACAAUAUUGAAACAACAAAAUGAUAACAGAGAUGCUUAUAUGUUAGACUGGUCUGAAAAGAAUGAGGUGCUGAGAAGUAAUCCUGUCACUGUUGCCAGAAUGUUUGAGCAUAGAUUUCAUGUUUUUCAAACAGAAGUGAUAUUUUCACCUGCACAACCAAUUGGAAAAGUAUCCGAUUUUUUCCAAAGAGUCGAAUUUCAACAGAGGGGGUCACCUCACAUGCAUUGCUUAUAUUGGAUAGAAAAUGCACCAAAACUUGAUGAAGACGGAGAGGAAGCCGUGUGUAAUUUCAUAAAUAAAUACGUAAGUUGUGCAGUGCCCUCUGAGGAAGAAGAUUUGGAGCUGAUGAACAUUGUCUCAGCAGUACAACAGCAUAGCAAAAAACAUUCUAAGUCAUGCAAAAAGAAGGGCACAGAAUGUAGGUUUAAUUUCCCAAGACCACCUUCUGUAUGCACAUUCAUCAAUUCUCCUUUUGAGGAAGACGACGAUACUGAGACUACGGAUUUGCAAAAACAACAAUCAAUUGCUAAGGAAAUUCUAUUACAAGUUUGGAAUGAAGUGCAAGAUGAAGCGAAUAAUUCGAAGACGACCGAAAAUAUUUUCAGUCAUCUAGGAUUGACCCAAGCGCAGUAUGAGGAAACUCAUAAAAGAUUAGCAAAAAAGAGAACUGUGAUUCUUGAAAGAAAUCCAAAUGAACUCUGGAUAAAUCAGUAUAAUCCAUGCCUCUUAAAAUGCUGGGAUGCCAAUAUGGACAUUCAGUUUGUUUUGGAUCCAUUUAGCUGCAUUGUCUACAUCAUUUCGUACAUCUCAAAGUCGGAGAGAGAAAUGGGAAUGCUGUUGAAACAAACAAAAAUAGAAGCAGAAGAAGGCAACGAGAGUGCACGAACAACCUUAAAGAAAAUUGGUUCUGCCUAUUUGAAUCAUAGAGAAGUGAGUACACAAGAAGCUGUUUAUCGUGUGUGUAACCUCAAAAUGAAGGAAUGUUCAAGAAAGGUAGUGUUUGUACCAGUGGGUGAUAAUCCUACUCGACUAACUAAGCCAUUGUCUCAACUAAAAAGAAAUCACAGAAAGGGAAACGAUGAAAAUGCUGAGGAUGACGAUGAGGAGGAUGACAUUUGGAUGACAAAUGUGGUAGAAAGAUAUGAAAAUCGACCAAAUGAUCCUUUGUUUCAGAAUAUGUGUUUGGCAGAAUUUUGUUCUGAUUUCAGAAUACUUGCUAAAUCACAGGUUCCAAAGACUCAAAACGAAAAUGUGUUUGAACUCAAGAACUCGAAGGGUUUUGUCCAAAGAAGAACUCGUACAAAACCAGCUGUAAUAAGAUACCCGAGAUUCAAUCAAGAGAAGAUGCCAGAAAAGUAUUACCAAUGUCUGCUACAGCUCUUCUUACCUUACUUAACACAGAGCCAGUUGAAACCUCCUGGGUUUGAGCUUUAUGAAGCAUUUUAUGGAAAUGGAUAUGUUCGAAUAACAGGAAAGCAGAGAGUGCAGUCAGUGAAAUCAAUUGUUGACAGAAACAGAUCACGUUAUGCUCAAAGCGAAGAUAUCAUUGCAGAGGCAUUGGAAACUUAUGAAAAUAUUGGGGAACCAGAAGAUGCUUGGGCAAACCUUUGUCCAGAAACAGAGGCAAUGAGACAAGAAUGCUCAGUCAAUAGAAAUGAAAUUCUAGAUUUGAAUGAACCAGAAGAGCUGCCAGACAUGCAAACAGAAAGCUGUUCAGAUGUCCUUUACAAAGUACAACAGAAUACACACUCAAGGGAGGAAACUACGCAGAUUCUUCAAAGUUUAAAUGAAACACAAAUGAAGGUAUUUUAUUUGGUACAGGAAUGGUGUUUGCAGAAAAAGUUUGGAGAAAAAACUGAUGCAUUGCAUAUUUUUAUAACAGGUGGAGCAGGAACAGGCAAGAGUCAUCUUAUCAAGGCCAUACAUAUCGAAGCAUCUCGAAUACUAGGGAAACAAAUGACUUCUCCUGACGGUGUUUCAGUACUACUGGCCGCUUUUACUGGAACAGCUGCAUUCAACAUUGGAGGAAAUACGAUCCAUCAUUUAUGUUCAUUGCCCAAAUAUAUGUCUCUGCCUUAUGAACCAUUGAAAGAACAGACUUUAAGCGAAAUGAGAAUUAAGAAAUGCAAGGAGCCAUUUGGAGGAGUGUCAGUGAUUGCGGUUGGAGAUUUCUACCAGCUCCCUCCUGUAAAACAGCGUAAAGAUGAAAGACUGUAUAAAGACAAUGCUCUUUAUCCUGUUGAUUAUUGGGUAGACUUUUUCAAAGUAGUUGACUUGACUGAGAUUAUGAGACAACGUGAAGACAUUCCGUUUGCGACAGCGCUGAAUUCAAUUCGGACUAGACCAAUUAAACAACCACUGGAAGAGGAAAUAAGUUCUAUCUUAAAUGAUUGUUUAAGAGAGGGGCCAGAAAAUGUCCUCCACGUCUAUGCAACAAAUGAGGAAGUCAAUGCAUAUAACUUGACAAUGCUCAGAAGGACUUGUCCAGACCUUGUUGAGAUUGAUGCUCAAGACUUUUCGAAAGAUAGAACAACAGGCAAGUUAAUCUUAAGGAGUAAACCAAAAACAAGUUCCAAAACAGACAAUCUUUCUAGCAGUUUGUUAAUGGGUGUUAAUGCAAGAGUUAUGCUCACAAGAAACUGUAAUGUGGAUGACGGCCUAGUAAAUGGAGUAAUGGGGCACAUCUCUCAUUUUGUGUAUAGUCAGAAGCAUGCUACAAACAUCGUCAUAGCAGUUGGAGUAAUAUUUGACAAUGUCAACGUUGGGAAGAAGUCUGGGAAAAAAUCGAAAAAUGGAAAUAUUGUUCUAAUCGAAAGAGUUCAAGAAGAGAUACUAGAACAGAAAAGACAAAAUGUAGUUCGACAUCAGUUUCCAUUACGUUUGUCGUGGGCAUGUACUUCUCACAAAGUACAAGGAAUGACAGUGGACAAGGUUGUAGUCAACUUGGAUAAGACAUUCUCUCCUGGACAAGGAUAUGUUGCUUUAAGUAGAGUGACGUCAAAAGAAGGAUUAUAUAUUGAAACAAACAAUGUGGAAUCGCUACAGAAGAAGAUAUACGCUGAUCCAGAAGUCAAAGCAGCUUUGCAAGGGAUGCAAAAAUUAGAUCUGCCUAACUUUGAUAAGUUAGAACAAGGGGUAACACUUUUGCUUCACAAUAUUCAAAGUCUCAACAAACAUUUUGGGGAUUUGCAAAGAGAUAUCCGAUUCAGGAAUGCAGAUAUAAUCUGCCUAACAGAGACUUGGUUGAGAUCUGAACAAAAUGUUAGUGCAUUUACAAUAGAGGGAUUUAGUUUUCACCAAUUAACCAGAGGAGAUGCGUAUGAUGACAGAAAUGAUAACGUUUUACAGUUGCGUGCAUCAAAGGGUGGAGGUGUGGCUGUCUACAUUAAAGAUGCUGGACAAGAAAAUGUCAUGUGUUCUCUUCCUGAGAAGAACGUGGAGGCCAUUUGCUUGAAAAAUCUGUCAAAAGAUAUGGUAGUUUUAACUGUCUAUCGGCCAAAUUCUUUGGAUGUUACUCAUUUCUUAAUGCAGUUUGAAAAAGUGGUUGCACAUUUCAUGUCACAGUGUAAAUUUCUUGUUUGUCUUGGAGACUUCAAUGAAGAUGCCAGAUGUACAGGGGUUAUUCAGACCUUUAUGCUUAACCGAGGUUUUAAGCAAAUGGUUGAUUUUAAUACGACAGAAGGGGGAACUAUCCUUGACCAUGUAUACUUGUCAAGAUCUUUACAGGCAACAGUGAAAAAGAUACCAACAUAUUACAGUUAUGAAAAAUGGUAA